AUGUCGAGCGCCGUUGCGGGAGCUGCCAACGAACAUGUCGCAGAUACCGACGACUUUGACUUUGGGGACGGAGACGAUUUUGAGUUGGACGAGUCGGCGCUGCUUGCUAUUGAGGCGGAAGCGAAUUCCAUGAGAGCCGCCGGACCCUCCAAGCCCAGAGCUCCACCCUCAGCGCCAGCCCUUCCUUGCACACCCAAGAGAGCAGCCACCUUGCCACGACGCUUGACUCAGACGUCUGGACGUGCAUUACUUGCCUUCGAAACGCCCUUGGUUCCUCGCCGUGCCGCGUUCCUCGCCGACGAUCACAUGCAGCCGACACCACCGACUUCUUCGCCUCACUCCAACUUUGGCACGGGGAGCCAAAGCUCGUCAAGCAGGCGUCGGUCACAAAGUCCGCGAGAAGAUUUGAGCAUGGCGCCGCCAGCAAAGCCGCCAAGCAGUAGCAUUCAAGAGGUCAGCUUCAACGCCGGUCCAGAUCAGGCGAAAGGCAAAGAAAGAGCACAAUUGGACUUUGACGACUUUGACGAAGACGGGGACGCGUCUCUAUGGGAUGAUGCGCUACUACGGGGUGUGGAUGCGAUCGAGGCGAAUCUGAAAGUGGGCGGAAGCGCGCAAGCAGUCAGUGAUUGCGAGGCCCAUAUCGCUGCCCGAUCUACGAUGCGGCAGAGAGAUCUGUUCGGACAAAUCGUCGAAGAUUUGCCUCCUCAAUCGACCAAUCGAGAAUGGGACAAGGACGCGUACAUGAGGGCAGCCGGCUUUGGUGGGUCUUCUGUGGGCGUGCUCUCUCAGACUGCGGGGCAGAGCUCCAGUGCGAGCAAGACGGGCCCGCGCGUCGCAAAGACCAAGCAAUGGGAUCGGACCGCGUACGCUAAGACGGGUCGACGCUACCGCAAAGAUACAGAAGCGAUGCGGCGCAAGAAGAAUGGCCUACCAGUGCCCGAAGACGACGAGGAAGGCCAAGUGGACUGGGACAACGCAAGACCGUAUGAACCUGCCAACGAGGCAAGAGACGUCAUUCCGGAGCUGCAGCCUAUGAAACUCCGCAUCGAUGAGGAAGCUGCAAAGGAGUGGAUCUAUCCUACUAAUAAGGAGAAGCGAAGUUAUCAAUUCGACAUCGUGCAGAAAGCUCUGUACAGCAACACACUGGUCGCAUUGCCGACCGGUCUCGGCAAAACCUUCAUCGCUGCCGUCGUAAUCCUCAACUACUUCAAUUGGUUCCCGGACGGCAAGAUCAUCUUCGUGGCUCCUACGCGACAGCUGGUAGCACAGCAGCAAUAUGCCUGCCACCGUAUAUGUGGUCUACCCUGGGAAACGGCCGUUGAGCUCACAGGAGCGACCAAAAGGGGCUUAAGAAACGAUCAGUGGGAGACGAAGCGCAUCUUCUACAUGACACCGCAAUGCUUCGAGAACGACCUUUGCUCGUCGGCCGUGGAUGCACGCGAUGUUUGUUGCGUAGUGGUCGAUGAGGCCCAUCGCGCCACAGGCAACUAUGCUUAUGGCAAUGUCAUAAGGUACUUGACUCAGAGGAACCCAUAUUUCAGAAUUCUAGCCUUGACGGCCACGCCUGGCAACAAGAGCGAGAAGGUGCAAGAAGUGGUCGACAACCUGCACAUCAGCCACAUCGAAAUCAGAACGGAGGAAGCCAUUGACAUUAGGACUUACAUUCACAAGAAGCACGAGCAUCCCGUCCUCGUGCCAAUGCGAGAUGAAGCCUCGGAGGUCCAGGCGGCCUGGGCAAAGCUGAUGAUACCUGUCGUCGAUCCGCUCUUCAAGGCGCGCUUAAUACACAGUGCAGACCCCGUGUCACUGCACCCCUUCGCUUUGAUAAGCGCCGGCAGGAAUCCCGGCAACAAGCCGAUCUUCGCUAAGAAUGGUUCUCUUCGCGGAAAACUUGGAACACUCCAGGCUAUGGCCGCUGCCAUGCAGCUGCUCAACGAGCACUCAAUCACCAUGUUCCGCACGCGCGUGCAAGACUUCGCCGCGAAGAAGCGACCGGGCAUCAAUCAAGACUCUGCCGAGUUCAAACGCUUCCGAAUACAGCUCGACAGCCUCGAUCAGACACCGGAAAACAUGCUGCAUCCGAAGAUGAUGUACUUGCGGGACGUCGUCAAGGCUCACUUUGUUGCAGAGCAAGAGCAGGGCCGCAGCAGCGACACUCGUGUCAUGAUCUUUUGCUCGUACCGAGAAUGCGUGAAGGAGAUCGUCGAGUUUCUGAACACGAUCGACGAUAUCAAGGCUGUACAAUUCAUCGGCCAGUCGGCAGAUCGCACAGGUGGCAGUGGCAUGAAUCAGAAAGCCCAGGAAAAGAUCAUUUUCCAAUACCGGCAAGGCUACUACAAUGUGCUAGUCGCCACUUCAAUCGGCGAGGAAGGCCUCGACAUUGGAGAAGUUGACCUGAUCGUGUGCUACGAAGCUGUCAAAGAUUCGGUCCGCAUGUUGCAACGUGUCGGCCGCACGGGACGCAAGCGUGAUGGCAAAAUAGUCGUGCUCAUGUCAGAGGGGCGUGAGGAGAAGCUUUGGGCCCAGUCCAAGGACAAUUACAAAUCCGUUCAGAAAGACAUCACCAGAGGCCUUAACUUGGAGCUCUUCGGCGACGUUCCAAGAUUGGUGCCUAAGCACAUCAAGCCCACUGUCGUCAUGCGUGAUGUCGAACAACCCGACUUUAUUCCUGGAGCGGUAGACCUCGCUCAGACUUCGAGCAACGCCAUCAAGUCUGCUGCGAAGAACGGCAAGGAUAAAGGCAAGAACAAACGCGUUGCCGAAGACAUGCCUGAAGGUGCUUUGAUGAACUUCAUUGCAGCAAGCGAGUUGCGAAAGGAUGGCAAGCUCAAGCGAAAAAGCUCUGGAUCGGCGAAGACUAUCCGACGCAAAAGCGGAGGUAAGAGAAGAGAUACAAGUUCAUCAGAAGAAUCACCGCAUGAGAGGAUAGCAGCGGCCCCAGCUUUGGCUCUGUCCGACGACUCAGACGACGAUCUUCUUGCUGGUGGCAUCGACUUUCGGUCGGCUGCCACGGCCACAAAGAGGACGAAUGGCCAAGGACCCAAAGGGAUAAUGACGGCUACUUCGCUACAGGGUUCAGCCAGUCACCCUAAAGGCCGCAGGCUCGGCGUUCGACGCCAGCCAUCUAGCGCUGCAUUGCUCUCUUCACCUCUUUGCAAUUCUCUGGUCGCCAAUGCAGCGGGACUGCCUGACGGCAACGACCAGCGUGCUUUUGCGCUCGCUUCUGGAGGCGAAACGCUGCACCACACGCGAGCCAAGCAAGAUUGCUGCCCAUCCAGUUCGCCAGCCCAAACCGGAUGUGGUAUUGGCAAGCCGCAUCCUUUGGUGGCAGCGCUGUUGGAGCAGCAUGUCGCUAGCAGAGAUGACGAGAGUGCGCCCCAGGAUGCGAUAGAAGCUGCCGACGCGGCGAUGCUCGUGGACGGCGGCACAUCCGAUGUGGAAGACAGCUUUGAUGAUCUUGAGCCGCUCCCGCUUUUGAGCACUCAGAAUUCAGUGAGCGUUCUCGACGCACCUCCGUUGCCAGCAGCCCCAGCCAUUAGAAGCGCGCCGAAAUCGGCUUUCGACAGUGGCAAAGGGGCAACUACACGCACGCAAGGCGACUCGACAAAAAAUGCCUUGCUGACUUCGGACGACACACCAUUCAAACCUCAGGUGCGGCGUUUCCCGGCCCGGCCUAGUGCCCCUGGCUCGUCACCUCUCCAAAUGCCGCCUCCCGCCGCAAGACCCAAGAAACGCCUUCGUCGGGGCGUGGUGGGGUGCGACUCUGAUCAGCCUGAUGCAGGAGAUGGAAUUGUUUGCAAGGAUCGACCUUGUGGAGGGAGAGCGUCCUCCUCGAAGCCGGCUGCAGCGGACAGCCGUGCCGUUUGUCAGGCGAACGGGCCAAAGAAACACAAGAGGCAGAAGAAGCGCAUCUCGAACUCGCCUACCAGCCGGAUGCUCUUUCGCCGGUCCGCAGAGCGUGACACGGAUGAAGAGAUCCACCGUGAGCUUGACGAGAACGACGAGGGUCUGGACACCGAAGACGACGCGGACUCGAGCGACCGCGAGCAUGUGGGUCACUUUCAGCCCACCCAGGCUCCUCGAGGCUACAAUCAACAAGCAAUGUACGCGCAAUCGCUGCUGACGCAAGCCGCGCCAAAAAUGGGCCUGGAUCGCCCGCAGCGCAAAGCAGAGUUCUAUGGUGGUCGCUACGGAGCGCUUGCCUCCGACGAGCACGAAGAGUCUCCGAUCCGCGUAGCGCGAGGGUCGCACCGCCAGCGCCGAGAGAUCGAGAGCACGCAUGCUGAAGAGCCAAGUGAUUCCGAGGACAAUUACGAACUCGGCUCCUUCAUCGUCUCGGAUCAUGAGCAAAUCGAGAUGGCGAGCUCGAGCCAAAGACUUCCCCAGACUAGCUCCCAAUGA